AUGCCAAACUUUGCCAAUUUACAGCUCACGACCGCUCUCGGCCGGAUCGAGGCGAGCGUCGUGUGCGGUCGGAGACGCGCCGACGUCAUCUGCUUCGAACCCGUUCAUAAUUGCGACUUUCGUAAACAUCUAUCUUUACUCCCAAGAAGUAUAAAGAGGAACUUUUCCGAGAACUUGAACCGCUUUCGCAGUUGCGAUCGGGGGCGAUCUCGAAUCGCUCCCGCGGAGUGCCAUCUGACUCUUGGACAUGUUCCCAGCUUGUGCCCCCGCUCGACAAUGAUUGAGAUCUCAGUCGAACUCCCCGUUCUUCCGAUGGACGGCAAAGCUCAUGGAACUCGUUUGGAUCCUUAUGAUAAUUCGCAAGUUGAGUCGUACAAUACACUCAACACACUCACAAUUAUAUUAUUAAAGGAAAUUUCGAAUCCGCGUCCUCGAAUUUGA